CCCUCUCCCCUCUCCUCCCCACCCUGCAGUCCAUCUUUCUCAAACACCUGUCCUCUAAGCUCCCCCGAACUGAAUGCGACGUCGCCAACAAACUCGUCCACUUCUCCACCAACCCCACCCGCCUCCGCUACCUCACCCGUUCGCUCGUGCUCUUCAGAGCAAACCACGUCAGCAAAUUCAAAAGACACUGCAUCAACCAACAAAUACUGAUCAAAAUGUCACAGGCCAACGCAACCGCCCGCGACUUAGGCCGCGUCGGCCACCCAGCUUGUCAUAACGACCAAACAAACGACGACAUGUGCGGCAGUAACGCGAACGGUAGCAAUACAGGCGCUAAUAACACAUGCACCAAUGACGCGAAUAACGACCACGCAGGUGGCAAUAAUACGGACAAUAAUCAUACGAGUAACAAGCACACAGAUAACGGCAGUACAAAUGGCGACGACGAUGUGAGCAGUAGCGGUACAGACAAUGAUAAUGCAAGCAAUCACGACACAGGCGGCAAUAAUGCGUACAAUAAUAACACAAAUAAUGACAGCACUGUUGGUAAUGGUACAGAUAAUAAUAACGUGAACCAUAACAUCGGCGCGACAACAGACAACAAACUCGAGGACGAGACCAUCGACAGUCGCCGAGGGUCCACGGGCAGAGAAGGCAGGACCAGUACGAGCCGUGCGGACGUCCCGCAUAGCCAUCAGGUAGCCGACCGACCUGACAGAGAUGACUCGAACAAGUCGUUUUCUAGAGUUGAUGACGCGGACGUGCGUCCGACUCAAGACGCGGGCUCUAUUUCGAAGAGGCAAGAGGGUGACUUCUUUGGUCAGCAAUUGCCUUGUUGCUUGGUAAAAACGCUGAUGGACCAAUCUCAUCUUUGUCCAUUUCCGGCCGCGGUUCAGCCGGUCUUUUGGAACCACGACUAUUUCCUGCAACUCUAUCCGCUUCCUCACGUCGUACGUAUAUAGAGGCCCAAAAGGGGCAUCCGGUCCGGAUGUGCAUCGAGGAAGCACGCGUUGGCGUGGUCCUGCGACAAUCGAGAGCUGCGCGCGAAAGAGAGCGAGAGAUCGCCUUGACCCAUAGAGAGGGACGGCAGUUUUGCCGGUCGCAGGUGUCUGGGUAUCGGGCAAAUAAGAAAAACAGAGGUCGUGUGUCGUCGCGCCGCAAAGCUCCUCUGUAUUGGAGCUCUAGGCGCAAGGGACAUCUUUUUUAGCACUUAGGGGCGUCACGAUGGACUCGCCGGACCACUGCUUGGUCGAGGAGCUUCUCCGCGAUAAUGUCUUGAUUUUGGCAGACCAGCACCGCCAUUACGCAAUGGAACAAAGCGGAUGUCAGGCAGUGAACCCUGGGCCGUUUUCGCGAGACUUUUCGUUUGCUGGGAUCAGCAUGCUGACGGGGCAGGCGGAGAUGUUCGAGGUGUGAAAGAAAUAGUAACAAAAGAUUUUUCGAGGAGCGACAAAAUUAUUGUGCUUCAUACAGUCGCUAGAUGCUUUUGAGAAGUGGCUGGCGUCAGUAUGCAAACAGAAGCGGCUUCCAGGGAGUCGGCGUACGAAGAGGUAGAAGCAAAUUCAACUCACAGCAAUGGAGGGCGCAAAGGAGAUAUGAGCCGUUCGAGACAGACAUUCAACGCCUGAAGUCGGCGCUCAGCAGUCGCGCGUAUGUCAGAGGCGAGCGGCGAACUGAGGAAGACGCGGUGGGGCCACUGCCUCAGAUGACUUACAAUAAGUUGAUAGACGAGCGGCUGGUGAAUUGGAAGGCGGUGAAAGAAUUUUUCCCUAGUCAAGAAGAAGUAAAGAAGACGUCUCUUGACUAUUUGUCCCUUUGUAAACCUCGACUCGCGUCUUUCGUGCUCUUUUCGACGCUGUUUGGAUACUUCAUGGCGUCCGGUCCGAAUCUUAUGAUAGAUCCCGUCAAUUUGUUUGCCACGCUCGCCGGAACGGCCAUGACCAUCGCCAGCGCCAAUUCUAUGAAUCAAUACUUGGAGGCCGAUCAUGACUCUAAAAUGAAACGUACCAAAAACAGAGCACUUCCGGCCAAAAAACUCACGCCCAAUCAGGUAUUUUCUUUUUCUCUGUUCAAUGGAAUUCUUGGCGCGCUGACACUCGGACUGUUCUCAACUCACCUCGCUACCAUUCUGUCCGUAUCAAACUUGUUCUUAUAUACAUUCGUAUACACGCCCUUUAAACGCGUCCAUCAUUCAAACACAUGGAUAGGCGCCGUUGUUGGCGCUAUACCCCCACUCAUAGGAUAUGCCGCCCGCUACCCUACUCUAGACGCGCACGCGCUUUUCCUGUUCCUCAUAUUGUUCUUGUGGCAACUUCCUCAUUUCUAUAGUCUCAGUUGGCAGCACCGACACGACUACCAAGUCGCCGGGUACAAAAUGCUCUCCAACGUCCGUCCCUCCUUGUUGCCUCGGCAGACCCUCAUCUGGACAUCAUCCCUAUUUCUCCUACCGCUGAUAUCGACGUAUUUUCACCUCACGUCACCGUGGAUCAUCCUAGAAACGUCGCCUCUCUCCAUAUAUUGCCUCCUCUGCGCGCGCAACUUCUCAAAGCAACCCACGAACGCCAACGCCUCGCUCUGCUUCAGAUCGUCACUCCUCUGGCUCCCGUUCUUCCUCCUGUCGCUCAUCCUCCACAAAACUGACGACGACUAGACGGCGCCCGUGUACCCACCGACACCACACACGGCUUUGUACAAUACCCUAUAUGUAUGCACGCCUAUGUA